AUGAAGGUCGUCGCAUCUCUAGCUGCCGUACUGGGCCUUGUGCAACUGGCUGCAUCCUCACCUGCUCGCUUUGCUGCUCGUAACGAUGCUACAACACCCUCAUCUGACGCCAUGGCAGGUGGUUUCGAGCUGCAGACAUCGGCCUACACAGCAUCGAGUGCCUUUCCAACUUCCAUCUUUGCUUCGUAUUACAACGACCCCAAGUCCAUGACUGCUGAGCCUCGACCUAUUGUCACCGAUGUCGCACGCCAUUCGGUCUUCUCGGAUCUCCUCGCCAACCCCACCAUCCUCCCUCUUGGUCCGUCGCCUUCGGAAGCCAUCUACCCGGUAGCCACUGGGGCUGCUUCUCCCGAGAUUGCUUCUAAAGUACGAAAGCAGCUCACCGAUAUCUUUGCUUCAUCCGGUACCAACUGUACAAAGUGCGCCUCUGCGCUCAAGGUUGGCCAGACGCUCGCUCGCCAAUCUCCCCAGGAAGUGCCCUCAAUGCUAGUCGAACUGUGCACCAAGUACUCGUACAAGUCUGCCUCGAGCUGUGCAAAGACGUACGCACCGCAAGUGCUCGGCUCCGUAUACACUCAGGUUCUCAGCUACGCCGACUUUACAUCACCCGACAGCACCGACGCACAGUACAUCUGCAACAUCGUUGUCGGAUCUUCCACCUCGAACUGCACGCUUCCCAAACCGCGUCACCUGGACGAAACGUUCUUCGACAAGUGGUUCCACGGCAAGCGCACUCCUCCUUCUUCGUACAACACCAAUGUUGGUACGCCCACGAAAAACGGCAAGCAUCUGCGCGUGCUGCACAUGUCGGACAUCCACAUUGAUCCGCGCUUCUUCGUGGGGGGUGAGGCGUCUUGCACCAACGGAAGGUGUUGUCGUGCGGACGCGUAUAAUUCUACUCUGAGCAGUGGUAACUUCAGGCAAGGAACGCUGCCGAAAUCCAACAUCUCGGAGGUUUCAAACUACUGGGGCAACUUUCAUUGCGAUACACCUUGGAGCUUGACCUUGUCCACGCUGGAAGCUGUGACGCCGCUUAACGGAGGUGAGCAGGUCGACAUGACUAUCCAUACGGGUGACAUGGUGGUUCAUGAUCUCGCGCAGUACAUCUCUCAAGACUUGGUCAAGUACACGCAUCAAAGUUUAUACGAUUCGAUUCGUGCCAUGCUCGGUAAAGGGCCCGUGUUCAAUGCGAUUGGAAACCACGAUUCGUCGCCCUCUGAUUUCGCCUCGCAAGGAGCGUUGCCAGACGGACGAUCUGAUCAACUGUCUUGGGACUGGGACAAUCUUGCGCGUCUCUGGGAGGCAGAAGGAUGGUUCGAUCAUGCCGAGGCUGAACAGGUGCGCUCGCACUAUGCUGGAUAUUCGGUUACACCGCGAAAAGGGUUGCGUAUCAUUGCGAUCAACACGGACUUUUGGUACAAGAACAACGUAUUCAACAUGAUACAUACGCAGAAUCCCGACUUUUCGGGAAGUCUUCGGUUCCUUACGGACGAGCUGUUUCACGCGGAAGAGCGCGGAGAGCGAGUUUGGAUCGUGGGACACGUUUUGACUGGGUGGGAUGGAAGUAAUCCUCUGGACAAUCCGACGAACCUCUUCUACCAGGUCGUGGAUCGGUUCGCGCCGCAUGUGGUUGCGCACAUCUUCUUCGGCCACACACACGAGGACCAGUUCAACAUCUUCUACGCUAACAAUGGUACUAGCAAAGCGGCAGGCUUUGCGAAAGCGGUGAGCUUCAUGGCGCCCUCGGUGACGCCUGGCAACAAUGUGAACCCAGCACUGCGUAUCAUGCACGUAAAUGCCAGCACAUACGAGGUGAUGGACUACCAUCAGUUCUACACACCUGUCCCCACAUUCGCCAAUCUCGCAUCCACCUCGCACGGUCCCGUCUACGAGUACCUCUAUUCGGCCCGCUCGGCUUAUUCCAACUUCUCGGCUUCCGACGCCAACUCGUCUCAUUCCAUCGGAGGAGAUGCCAUUUGGCCGAGCAAUGUGCCGCUCAAUGCGACGUUCUGGGCCAAAUUGACAGAAGAGAUGGCGGUCAGAAAGCACCUCGUCCAGCAGUUCACCGUAUACCAAGGUAGAAACAGCCCCAAGAGUCCCGAGUGCACCACCGACGAUUGUGUAAGUGCAAAGAUCUGCUACAUGCAAUCAGGCUCUGCGAUCUUGGGCAAACAGUGCAAACAGGGCUUUGGUUCCGUUCAAUCCUAG